AUGACCAACUCCACCAUGAUGAUGGACUUUCUCCUCAUGGAGAUUUCUGGCAUGUGGGAUCUACGUGUUUUUUAUGCCAUGUUCUUCUCUCUGAUUUAUGUGGUGACCUUAAUGGGAAACCUCAUCAUUGCUGCUGUCACCACCCUUGACAAAAGCCUUCACACGCCCAUGUACUUCUUCCUGAGGAACCUGUCCAUCCUGGACUCCUGCUACAUUUCUGUCACAGUCCCUAACUCCUGCAUGAACUCCCUACUGGGUGCAAGCUCCAUUUCAAAGGCAGGAUGUGCAGCUCAGGUCUUCCUUGUGUUAUUCUUUGGAUUUGUAGAGUUACUGUUUCUCACCAUCAUGGCUCAUGACCGCUUUGCAGCCAUCUGCAGGCCCCUCCAUUACCCUGUGAUCAUGAGCCCUCGCCUAUGUGUCCACAGCACACUGGCCAUUGUGCUCAGUGGGAUCAUAUAUGCAUCUCUGCACACCAACAACACCUUCAGGCUGUCAUUCUGCCACUCACGUGCUGUCCAGCAGCUCUUCUGUGACAUCCCCUCUCUCCUAAAGUUGUCUUGCUCUGACACCUUCAGCAACCAGAUUUCGAUUUUUGUCUCUGCUCUGGUGAUUGGUGGUGGCUCUUUCACUUAUAUCAUCAAGUCUUAUAUUCACAUCUUUUCUACUGUGCUCAGGUUUCCAGUGGGAGUAGACAGGAAAAAGGCCUUUUCCACCUGUGUCCCCCACAUUCUCGUGGUGUCUGUCUUCCUCUGGUCAGGCUUUUUUGUCUAUCUGAGACCAUCUGCAAUGUCUUCUGGCAUGAUGGGAAUGGUCCUGUCUGUGUUCUACUCAGUCAUUCCUCCCCUCUUCAACCCUAUCAUCUACAGUCUCAGAAAUGAACAGAUAAAGUUUGCCAUCAGGAAACUCAUGACAAGAAUGUUGUAUUCAGGAAAUAUAUUGAAAAUUAAGGAGGCUUUUCCAAUCCAGCUUAGUCAUUGUCAUGCUUUUCACAAUUAA